UUCUACUUUCACUUUGAGACAAACAGCAGCGGGAUGCGCAGCGCGCAGCUUCCUGGGAAACGAAACUUAACGCAGCCACCCGCCGCCGCCGCAGCAGCCGUGUCCGACGCUUCCUGGGUCGUAGAUGCGGUUCUUCAAGUCACUUCAGCGGCCAUAAGUGAACUCUGAGCCGACGGCGUGUAAAAGUUUGGAGAAGUCUCAGCCGACAGCUAGCUUCAGUGACUAGCGCCCGCUAGCAUGGAGGGCAGCAGACACACGGCGAGUGAGGAGCGGGGAGCCGAGAAGCUCAUGGACGACUACCUGAGAUCCAUCGGCUUCCACAGGAAGAAAAUCGCCAAAGACGGGUCGUGUUUGUUCCGCGCUGUCGCCGAGCAGGUGCUGCACUGUCAAAGCCUUCACACUAAAGUUCGUACCAAAUGUGUGGAGUUCCUGAAGCAGAACAGAGAAAACUACGAGGCGUUCAUCGAGGGAGACUUUGAGCAGUACCUGUGUAAACUUAAGGAUCCUCAGCAAUGGGUCGGAGAGGUGGAGAUCAACGCUCUGGCCGCCAUCUACAAGAAGGACUUCCAGAUCUUCCAGGAGCCCGGUAAACCUCCGGUCAACAUCACAGACAACAACUUCAAGGACAAGGUGCGGUUGUGUUUUUUGAACGGGAAUCACUACGACAGCGUUUAUCCCAUCGGCCGCAUCAAGAGUGCAGCUCUGUGUCAGUCCAUCGUGUACGAGAUGUUGUACGAAGACGUGUUCAAGGUCGACCACGGCGCUCUGUGUCAGAGGGUCAGCCGACCCGCCGACUUCCUGAGUGACGACAGCAUGGCCGCCUGCGCCAGCAGCGACGGCUCUGACCUGGAAACAGACGAGCCGCUCUGGUUGGACCAUGGAACAAGCACUUCUACAAAACCCAACAACCAGAGCCACAGGGGUCGUGGGCGUGGUCGGCAGCUCCCUGAGAGGGUGAGACGUUCACUGAACCCGACCCUGCUGAGAAACGUGGAGUUUGACGUCUGGAACAAAAGCAAGAGAGCCCAACAGAAGAUGGAUUACUGCAUUGCUGCUGGGAUGCAAUACACUGUGGGAGACCGCUGCCAGGUUCGUCUGGAGGGCACCGGACGCAGCUACAGCGCAACCGUCAAGGAAGUUCCUCCCAACGAAAACCUGGUGAUAGUUCACAUAGAAGAACUGGGCAAGAGAUCGGUUCCUCUGUGGAGUCUGCGGCCGCCCGCUGCUGAGAACAGCUGGUGCACAGUCGUCAACAAAGACAAGAGGCUCAGUAACGGAAGCGGAGAUUGGGAGGAGAGGGGUAAAGGCCGAGGCCGGGGAAAGCCCGUCCCGCCGCCCUCCUCUUCCCAGGCAUCGCCGCCGGGCUCCAGUGGGCGUGUGCUGAAGCAGCACUCGUGGCCCCCGCAGGCCACCGUAGAGGAGCAGGGAGGGGCCAAACCCAGCAGAAAGUCUGGGAGCUUGUCGGAGAUCGGUCUGACAGCCAAGCAGCGUACGGCCAAAGAGGAGGAGGAGAGAAACGUGGCGCUGGUUGAGAUCCAGCUCCGAGACGAACACAGCUUCCCCGCCCUGGGGACCGGGUCGCAGGGCGAUGGAGGGAGGAAGAAAGGAACCGAGAAGAGACCAUCCCUGGGAAAUAAGACGAAGAGUCCAGUUGAUGACAUCCGAGCAGCUUCUCCCUCUGCUGGUGAAAGACCCAAAUCCAGCACCCCCCCACCUAUAAGCACUACAGUCACCACUGCACCUUCUACCACCACCAGCCCCAACCUGCCGGCUGCUAAACCUGCUGCUUCUCCAUCUUCAACCUGUAGCUCCACAAACACAACCGCCUCACCCACAGGCUCCGCCCCUGGCCUGACACCAAUCUGUGCUUCCCCGACGACUAAAACAAAAGCACAAUCUCUCCAUCCAGCUGCACGAGUCUCAACAAGUUCUCUUCCUCCUGCUGCUGCCCCGAGCGCUAAACCCUGUGUGACGGGUGGAGCUCUGUCUCAGUCUGUCCCGUGCUCUGCCGCCAUCUUCUCCUUCCACACCCCGGCUCUCCCCACUGCUUCAGCGGCCCUCUCCUCCUCUUCCGCAGUGCCUCCUAAAUUGACUGCCUCCCCUCCUCCUCCCUCCUCAAUACCACCUCCAACCUUCAUUGCUCCCAUCGCUCCCUCUCCUGCUCAGGGCUUCCUUCCUCCGUCCUCCCUCCACCGCUCCUCCCCACCCGUCUCUUCUCUCCCCCACUCCCCCAGCCCACCGUCCUCUUUGUCCUCCUCUCAUAUCCACCAUGCUGCUCAGGUCCGAGAGUCUCCAUCACAAAAACCUUUACCAAAUUCUGGAGGAAUUUCUGUGGCGAAACCUCAGACAUCCCUGACCCCGGCCUCAUGGACCAAGGGAGAUGUUCAAACACAGCCUUGUCUUCCAAAGCAUCAGUCUCAAAAUCAGGCUGCUCUGAUCCAGAGCCAAAUCCAGAUGCCCCUGAUUCAGAAGGAGAUCCAGUCUUCGAUUCCCCUCAAGCACCAACCUCAGCCCCUGACUGAAGUGCCUCAGACCCAGGCCUACCUCCCUCAGAACCAGGCCUCCCUCCCUCAGAACCAGGCCUCCCUCCCUCAGAACCAGGCCUCCCUCCCUCAGACCCAGGCCUACCUCCCUCAGAACCAGGCCUGCCUCACUCAGACCCAGGCCUGCCUCCCUCAGACCCAGGCCUCCCUCCCUCAGACCCAGGCCUCCCUCCCUCAGAACCAGGCCUGCCUCACUCAGACCCAGGCCUGCCUCCCUCAGACCCAGGCCUCCCUCCCUCAGACCCAGGCCUUCCUCCCUCAAAACCAGCCCUACCUCCCUCCGACCCAGGCCUACCUCCCUCCGACCCAGGCCUACCUCCCUCCGACCCAGGCCUACCUCCCCCCGACCCAGGCCUCCCUCCCUCAGACCCAGGCCUCGCUCCCUCCGAACCAGAUGCCUGUCCCCCAGCAUUCCUCCUCUCAGUCCCAGUCUGACAUGGUCCAUAUUCAGUCGUCUCACCCACAUCCAGGAGCUUCUUAUCUCCACACCUCCCAGGCCUCCAUCCCAGUCUCUACCUCUGGUUAUCUCCAGCUGUCUCACCACCAGAGCCACCCAGCUCAGCCUCCUCAUCCCUCCCAACUCCCACAUCCCUCCCUCUGUAUCCCCGCCUCACCAAACAAUCCCUCACUCCAAACCGAGAAUCAUACAGAAUCCCCACAGCACCCACCUCAGCCCGAGUCCCCGCAUCAACCUCCCGCCCAUCCGGGGCACCCUCCUCACCCUGCUCAUCACCCUCACUUCCUCUCUGCACCUCACCCCCAGUCCAUCCAAGGAGCUGUUCCUCUUCAGAACUUGUCCCAGCUCUACCAGGACCCCCUGUACCCUGGUUUCCCCCGGGGACAGAAGGGCGACAUGGUCCCGACUCCACCCUACUCCUCCAUCAAGUCGGGGGAUGACCUUCCCCAAGACGUCAACAUCUUGAGGUUUUUCUUCAACAUGGGCAUCAAGGCGUACUCCAUGCCCAUGUACCCCCCCUACAUUUACCUCCUCCCCCUCCAACAGGCCCACUCUAUGCAACCAAAGCUCCCCUCCCGCUCCCCCUCCCCAAACCCUCAUUUUCCUCCCACCAGGCACCAGGAGGCAUACCCUCCCAACCAUCAGACUUCAGUGCCAGCGCAGCAUCCAUAUGGCCACCAAGCCGCUCUCACUGAACCCCACCGUCCCAGUGAACCCUCCUUCAACCAGGCCGGGUACCACGUCACCCAGCCUCCACCCCACAGGAUGCCCUGCAACUCACCGCAAUGGCGACAGCACCCAAUGCCCCCACCCUCAACCUCCAGCUACCAAGUUGGGUAUCCUACGUCAACUUCACCAUACCAGCUUCCUCCUCCUUCUCAGGGGUAUCACCCAGGUCAAGGCACAGGUCACCCGUUUUACCCCCCAACCAUGACUUCAUACCCCCCCUCCUCGCUGGGAUACCAGUCCUCUUCCAACCCUGACGAGCUCCAGGGGGUGAUGGAGCAGCUUCAGCCAACAAAUGGAGAUGCACUGUCUGGGCAUGGGCCUGGACAGGUCCCUGGUCCUCUGGAUGGUUCUGCUGCUGCUAAUUUGGCUAAUGCUAACCACAACAGAAUGGUUGUUUCUUGUGUGAACAAUUUUGCACUGAAGGAGCAGGGGGAGAGCCAGAGGAGGACGGUUCUGCUGGUCGACCCGCCACUCAACAACACACCCAUACUCACUCUGGUCUCAAACUCUGAUGACCCUGGCUCCAUGACCACCAUGAAGCCCAGCAGCACCCCAGGUACUCCAUCACCUUAUGGCAUCAUCCCCAAGGACACUGUCCCCGGCGACAACAACGCCAGCCUCUAUCAGGUCCACCCAAAACAAUCGUACUACAACAAACCGUAUGCCAGACUGGGAGUAAAGGAGCACGGCAAGGCGGGACAUCUGCAGACCAUGCCCAUGACGGAGGGUCUGUCCAUGGGCUGCAGCACAGAGGAUGACUGGGAGGAGAGGGAGGGAUUUAAACCGGCAAACGUGAAUCCCAGAGGGUCAAAGAAGAUCUACAGAGGAGGGCGAGGUCGGCCCGGAGGCUAUGAUGGAGGUAGGGGAGGACAAAGGAGGAGGCAGGGAGGAGAGGGCUUUAACCACGGACAGUUUGGCCCCUCCCACCGUGGGCGAGGAUGGUGAUUCAAGCUCUCAGCCAAUGAGAGGACAGUGGAGUUUUUUUUGUUGCCUUAUUUACUCGUUCUGAUCGCACUUUUUUUCUUGCUACCGCCUUGAGGUCUGGGUUGGGCAAAUACACACUUCGUUGUUCUGUGUCGCGUUCGCUGCGUCCAAAUCUUUCAGCCGGUUGUUCAAAGAAACACUAUCAAGCUCACUAUUAGCUAGCGAAUGAGGAUAGAGCGUUAGCAUGGGCAAGUUUACAUUUUACAAAACCUUGAAAAAUGGAUUUAAGGAAUAUCAGUGUUUUUGUGUUGGGCUGCAAUGAUUCUUUUUUUUUUAUGUAUAUAAAUAUAUAAUCUGUGAGUAAUUUGGUCUCGUUGCUUUUUGUCCGAAAAACAGAAAUCUCUCGCCAAAAUGGUUUCUAGUUUUUUUUCUGUCACUGCUAAUGGUUGCAACUCUUUUUUUUUUUUGUUUUCUUUGUGGAUUUUAAAAACGUUAGUGCUGCGUGGAAUCCUCCGCGUCAAACUGACACUGGAUGAGAACAUCACAAAUGUCUGUGCUCGGAAUUUGAGUUUGAUUAACGUAGAAUUUAUGCGAUUCUGCCGGGAGGAGGCUAACAUUAGCAAAAAAAUGUAAACCUGCACAAAAACGUUAAAACCACAAAAUGUAAUUCCUAUGCCUCUGCCGUUGCACAUAUUAAAUAUCUGAUGGAAUAUGGCUGCCUGUUUCUUGAUGCUACGCUAAGCUAGCGAUUGUCUCACUUUAGCUUCAUAUUUAGCAUUAGCAGACAGUAUCAAUUUUCUUAUGACUGCAAAAUUCCUAUUAAUCAUAGGUGAUGCAACAUGUCCAUAAAGCACUCCACAUUCAAGAAUGUCUGAACGUGUCACAAUAAACUUUGUAUUCAUAAUAUACAAAUAGUUUAUUAGGCUCUUCAGUGAGUAGCGUGGACCAAAAUAUAAACAGAUUAAUAUUUGGAUUAAACCAACAUAUGAUUGUACUUGACGACGGCCUAAAGAAAAUUUGUAUUGCUGCUAUAAAGUUUACGGCAGCCAAACUGUAUGUGGACUUUAGAAUUUAGUUUGUGUUGCUGAUGGUUUCAUGUCCCCUCUGAAUAGUUUUAGUAUUUCUUUCUUCACCUUGCUGGGUUUAUUGUUUAUUGUUCUUCUGAUUGACUGUAGAGAUUCAGUGCCUUACAUUUGUCACUUUUAACCAUCUUAAUUAUUUUUCUUCUGAGAUUGAGGAACACUGUUUGUUGUACAGAACAAAGGCUGUUUGUUUUCUGUGUGACCGAAUUAAUAAAUCUUUGGUUUAAAAAGGAAACGUGGAGAAACUCAUUUUGUGAUUUGAAUACUUGAAAUAUGUUGGAGAUUUUUGAAUAAACUUACAGAAGAAAGA